GCCGGGGGCGGGCGGGCGCGCGCGGCGCCGGCGCAGCAACGUUGUGAAUCGCCGGCUGCGCGGCCGUGAGUGUGCGCUUUUCCCGGGCCCGGCCGCGUCGUUCCGCAGGCAUGAGCUACGACCGCGCCAUCACCGUUUUCUCGCCCGACGGCCACCUUUUCCAAGUGGAGUACGCGCAGGAGGCCGUGAAGAAGGGCUCGACCGCGGUCGGUGUUCGAGGAAAAGACAUUGUUGUUCUUGGUGUGGAGAAGAAGUCAGUGGCUAAACUGCAGGAUGAAAGGACAGUGCGGAAGAUCUGUGCUCUGGAUGAUAAUGUCUGCAUGGCAUUCGCCGGCCUCACAGCUGAUGCAAGAAUAGUCAUCAACAGGGCCCGCGUGGAAUGCCAGAGCCACCGACUGACCGUGGAGGACCCGGUCACCGUGGAGUACAUCACCCGUUAUAUUGCCAGUCUGAAGCAGCGCUACACGCAGAGCAAUGGGCGCCGGCCGUUUGGCAUCUCUGCCCUCAUUGUGGGUUUCGACUUUGAUGGCACCCCCCGACUCUAUCAGACUGACCCCUCGGGCACAUACCAUGCCUGGAAGGCCAAUGCUAUAGGCCGGGGUGCCAAGUCAGUGCGUGAAUUCCUGGAGAAGAAUUAUACUGAUGAAGCCAUUGAAACAGAUGAUCUGACUAUUAAGCUGGUUAUCAAGGCCCUUCUGGAAGUGGUUCAGUCAGGUGGCAAAAACAUAGAGCUUGCUGUCAUGAGGCGAGAUCAACCCCUGAAGAUUUUAAAUCCUGAAGAGAUUGAGAAAUAUGUUGCUGAGAUUGAGAAAGAAAAAGAAGAAAAUGAAAAGAAGAAACAAAAGAAAGCAUCAUGAUGAAAUGAAAUUUUGCUUGUAACGAUUUUUAAAUUCAAAUCAUGGCUGAUUUCCAAAAGGAUACAUAUGUGUUUCCAUUCCACUUAUCCAUACUGUCCAAGUGUCCUACAAUAAAUUUGCCUAUUUUUUAACCUUU